UUUAGGUGAAAAAUUUUUGUGAAUAUUGUGAUUUCUCCUUAAUAAUUUCUUGUGUAUGAAUUUUAUAUAAUUAAAUGGCGUAUCAAAAAAAUCACCUAUGUUAAUUAUGUUUUUGACUCAGUUAUAUUUUCUUUUGGCACAUUAUUAAUAUCCAUAUGCAAAAAUAUACUGACAAUAUAUUAAUUUUGGAUUUUUCAUUUUUAUCAGAAAUCAUGAGUGGAGGAUCUCAAGUCCACAUUUUUUGGGGUGCUCCAGUUGCUCCACUGAAAAUGACAAUAUCACAAGGCACAGCUUCUUUAAUGUCUGUUGCUGACCCCUGGAAAAAAAUUCAGCUUUUAUACAGUCAACAUUCUUUAUAUCUGAAGGAUGAAAAACAGCACAAAAAUCUUGAAAACUAUGAAGUCCCAGAAUCUAUUGGUUCUCCAGAUGUUAGUGGUCAUUUCUUAGCAAACUGUAUGAAUAGACAUGUUCAUGUGAAAGAUGACUUUGUACGUUCUGUUUCUGAAACCCAGAAUAUAGAGUCCCAGAAGAUUCACUCCUCUAGACUGAGUGAUAUAACUAGCUCUAAUAUGCAAAUAUGUGGAUUUAAAAGCACAGUUCCGCAUUUAGCCAAAGAAGAAAAGGAUCAAAAGCUUCUCAGUGAAAAUAAAAUUAUAGAUGAACAGCCUAAACAUCAGGCAGAUAUAUGUGGUCAGAACUUUAACACAGAUUUGUUUCAGUUAGGCCAUAAAUGUGCAGCUAUAUUGGAUUUGGUUUGUAGUACUGAACAAAUUAAUAUAGGGCCUGAAGUGGUACAAAGAGAGUGUGUGCCAACAGAAUAUCAUGAAAUACAAAAUCAGUGUUUGGGAUUAUUUUCCUCGAACGCAGUAGAUAAUUCAAGGUCUGAAGCAGCAGUUAGGAAGGUCUCAGACCUUAAAAUAUCAACUGAUACAGAAUUUCUCAGUAUAAUUACCUCCAGCCAGGUUGCUUUUUUAGCUCAAAAGAAAGAUAAAGGGCGGAGUCCUAUAAAUAAAGGGAAUGUAAACAUGGAGGCUGAACCAAAGGCAAGUUACGGGGAGAUAAGAAUACCUGACGAGAAUUCGAUUCAGCUUGAUGGUUUUACAGAAGCAUAUGAAAGUGGACAAAACCAAGCAUAUUCCCUUGAACUUUUUAGUCCUGUUUGUCCUAAAACAGAAAAUAGCUGCAUUCACAUAAACUCUGAUAAAGGUCUUGAAGAACAUACAGGAUCUCAAGAACUUUUCAGUUCUGAAGAUGAACUGCCACCAAAUGAGAUACGUAUUGAGUUGUGUAGCUCAGGAAUACUGUGUUCCCAACUAAAUACCUUCCACAAAAGUGCUAUUAAAAGAAGCUGCACCUCUGAAGAUAAAGUGGGCCAGUCUGAAGCUCUAUCUAGAGUCCUUCAAGUAGCUAAGAAAAUGAAGUUGAUUUCUAAUGGAGGAGAUUCUGCUGUAGAAAUGGAUCGGAGGAAUGUGUCUGAAUUUAAGGGUAUUAAAAAAACAUCAUUAAUAAAAAACUGUGAUUCUAAAAGCCAGAAGUAUAAUUGUUUAGUCAUGGUGCUAUCUCCAUGCCAUGUGAAGGAAAUAAACAUAAAAUGCGGACGAAAUUCUGGCUCUAAAGUGCCUUUAGCAACAGUUACAGUAAUUGAUCAAUCAGAAACUAAGAAGAAGGUUUUUCUGUGGAGGACUGCAGCAUUCUGGGCAUUUACAGUGUUUCUUGGAGAUAUAAUUUUACUCACAGAUGUUGUUAUUCAUGAGGACCAAUGGGUUGGCGAGACAGUACUACAAUCAACAUUUAGCACUCAGUUAUUAAAUCUUGGGAGUUAUUCAUCUAUUCAGCCUGAAGAAUGUUCCAGUGUAGUUAGUGACGUUGUACUUCAAGACUUACUGGCAUAUGUGUCCUCAAAACAUUCCUACCUCAGAGAUCUUCCUCCGAGGCAGCCUCAGAGGGUAAACAGUAUAGACUUUGUAGAAUUGGAGCACCUUCAACCUGAUGUAUUAGUCCACGCAGUACUAAGAGUUGUUGAUUUCACUAUACUGACAGAGGCAGUAUACAGUUAUAGAGGACAGAAGCAGAAAAAAGUUAUGUUAACAGUGGAACAGGCCCAAGAUCAACAUUAUGUGCUUGUAUUAUGGGGUCCUGGAGCAGCCUGGUACCCUCAACUUCAAAGGAAAAAAGGUUAUAUUUGGGAAUUUAAAUAUCUUUUUGUUCAGCGCAGUUACACACUAGAAAACCUAGAAUUGCAUACAACGCCUUGGUCAUCCUGUGAGUGUUUGUUUGAUGAUGAUAUAAGGGCAAUUACAUUUAAAGCAAAAUUUCAAAAAAGUGCACCCUCCUUUGUGAAGAUAUCAGACUUAGCAACCCACCUAGAGGAUAAAUGUUCAGGAGUCGUUCUAAUUAAAGCCCAGAUUUCAGAGCUGGCAUUUCCUAUUACAGCAGCUCAGAAGAUAGCUCUAAAUGCUCACAGUUCUCUGAAGAGUAUUUUUUCUUCUCUUCCCAACAUCGUAUAUACCGGCUGUGCAAAAUGUGGACUGGAACUAGAAACAGAUGAGAACAGGAUCUACAAACAAUGUUUUAGCUGCUUGCCAUUUACUAGGAAGAAAAUAUACUAUAGGCCAGUGUUAAUGACUGUCAUUGAUGGAAGACAUGAUGUUUGCAUCCGUGUAGAAUCAAAGCUGAUAGAGAAGAUUCUUCUCAACAUUUCUGCUGACUGCCUCAACAGAGUGAUAGUUCCUUCCUCAGAGAUCACCUAUGGGAUGGUCGUGGCAGACCUGUUCCACUCUUUGUUGGCAGUCAGCGCAGAACCUUGCGUAUUGAAGAUUCAGAGCCUCUUUGUGUUAGAUGAAAAUAGCUAUCCAUUACAACAAGAUUUCUUUCUCCUGGAUUUUUAUCCUGACAUUGUAAAGCAUGGAGCUGAUGGCUGUCUGUGAGGCCAGAGGUAGAAUUGCAGGCAUUUCAAGGAAGAAGUACUAAAAUGAUUUGUCUUUUGAAAUAAAUGAAUGACAGGGCUUUUGCUUUGGAUUUUUUAUGAAAUAUAUUUUACAAAGAGAAUUGCACUAGAUAUAUAAAUUAAAACUUUUUUCUAAGAAAAUCCUGUGAGGUUUAAAAAGAUUGUUUUUGUCUUUUGGUUUCUUCCUUUCUUCUGGAGAAAUGAUCUACCAGUCAAGGCAAUAUGUAGCAGAUCCCUGGGAAUUAAAGGUUUGCCCAUUUUUUCACUGUAUUUAGUCCCUGCUACAUUCCAGGCGUUGUACUAAGAAUGGGGAACCACAGGGAAGACAUUCCCUCAGAAACUGCUGCAGUGCUUUCGCUUAUCCCUACCUAAAAAACCGUCAAUGUAAAAUCAUUUCCUUGAUUAUAACUAUAAUGAUAAUGGAUUAGUUUAUAUAAACCUAUGUUUAGGGCCGGGCGUGGUGGCUCACGCUUGUAAUCCCAGCACUUUGGGAGGCUGAGGUGGGCGGAUCACAAGGUCAGG